GACGCCGGGGAGGGGAGGUUGACUUCACGUGCGGCAAUGCCGGGGAGACGUGACCCGCUCUCAUCGCUGAAUGCACUCCGCUCGUACUACACUCGGAAGUGAUCAUCGGAGAAACAGAUGAGACGAGUGGUGGCGGAUGGGUUCCGCGUGAGACCCUCUGAUGAGGCUGCUGCGGUGUAAUGAUGCUUCAGAGUAACCUAGCUGAGGAGGAGUUUGUUACUGUACGUGUACAGGACCCAAGGUUGCAGAAUGAGGGAUCAUGGACCUCCUACGUGGAUUAUAAAAUAUUUCUUCACACAAACAGCAAGGCGUUCACUGCCAAGACAUCCUGUGUGAGGAGACGGUACCGGGAGUUUUUUUGGCUGAGAAAGCAGCUUCAGAAAUAUUCUGGAUUAGUGCCGGUCCCUGGACUCCCGGGAAAACUUCCGUUUCACAUGGGGUGCAGUGACGAUUUUAUUGAGUGCAGGCGACAAGGACUUCAGCAGUUUUUGGAACAAGCUGUACAGAAUAUGGUCCUUCUGUCGGAUAGUCAGCUGCACCUCUUCCUGCAGAGCCAGUUGGCAGUGGCUGAGAUUGAGGCCUGUGUCCAAGGGCGGCGAUCAUACACUGCUACUGAAGCUAUCCUGAAUUAUGCCAUAUCCAACAGAGGCUGGGCCCAGGAGGAAACUGAAUAGUUAGCGGCAUCUAAACAAGAAGAGAGGACCUUGAAGUUAAAUUUGUUUGUGGUUUUUUUUUUUGUGACUCGCUGUUAAAGGGAAAACAACAUCUCGGUCUAGAAUACUUUGCACUUUACAUUUUUUUUUUUUUUACUUGUCAACCAUGAGCAGGAAUUUUCUUUUAGAAAUAGUUGCACAAUAUUUCUGUUUGCCCUUGUCUCAGUGAGGAACUGCUGUGUUCUAAAUGGUGAGAAAACAAGCACCGUGCUAUGGCUAUUUUUUCUGAAAAUGUUAUCACAAGAUUCUAAUAUAUGAAUGCAUCCUAGCCGAGAAGACUACUGGCCUUUUAUGCAGUUUGAGAAAUACAGUACCUACUUUUCCUUUUGAUUCAUAAAUCUGAAAAAGCCUGUGCUAUUCAUCCAGCUGGCCCAUCAACAACACAGAUCCUGCAUUACAAUGAGACAGUGGAUAAAGGACUGUUUAUGCUGGUGACCUGCACGAACAACAUACUGCACCUGCUACUACAGUAUUGUUUGAUACUCCCUGUAUCCUAUAAAUGCAGGUAUCUUUCUCAUAGUUCAUAUUAUGUAUUCCCAUUAAUUCCCCUGCAGGUUGAGCACGUGUGGCUUUUGUAAGCUGCUACAUCACUGGGGUUGGAGGUGAACAUUGCAUAUAGCACGUGCAGUCAGUACAAAACACACUGGGCUUUAUACUGACUGCGAGCGCCGUUUUACAUUUUAACCUCAAACCCCCCCCCCCUUCCAGGAAGUGGCGUCUUACAAGAGCCGCGGCUUCAUAAACAAAGCGCUAGGUAUUGUUCUACUGGACUGCAGUUUAUUCUCUUAUUCAUAGUAGUAGAGCUACUCAUUCACUACUGAACAUGUUAUAUUAGAGCUUGUUACAAUAAAUACAAAGCUGUAAUAUACAUACUUUUUGAGCAAAUGUAUUUUUCUGGUGCAGCUUUCACAUGCUUUGUUCAUAAUUUUUACCUAUGUAUCUCUGCUGUUUCAUACUCAAAUGAAAUUAAGAAGCCGGUACGGAGACGAAUACUGUAAAUUACUCUCGAUACAUUACCACAUAUUGAGCAAAAUUCCAAUGGAGCAGAUUUGUAAUGGAGGUGGGGAUGAAAACUGAAGGGAACAUAAAAUAUAGGGGAAUUUGUGCGUGGAGUAAAGGAUCCACAAGGAACAGCCACACUAACGUGCGAGUGUCAGGUUAGUUUGUACAUGCCAUUAUAUGAAGAAUGCCAGUUUGUGACCAGACUGAACAAAGUAAGUCAUAUACUCUAUAUCAGGGGUGGGAAACAUUUUUUUCUACCAAGGGCCAUUAGAUUAUUUAUAAAAUCCCUCAGGAGCCAUACAAAAAUUAUCAAUUGAAAAAUUAGCCUGCCCCCAGUCACUUGUUAUGCCCCAGUAGAAAGGCCCCCAGUCAGUUGCUAUGCCCCCUAGUAGCACUGUAUAUAUAUGUGUAUAUAUAUAUAUAUAUGUGUGUGUGUAUGUAUGUGUAUAUAUAUAUAUAUAUAUAUAUAUAUAUAUAUAUAUGUGUAUAUAUAUGUAUGUAUGUAUAUAUGUAUAUAUUACACACACAUAUUGUAAGGGAAAAAUAAAAAAAAACAAUACUCACCAGCCCCUCUCCUGUUUCCGGACCGCUGCCCUCCGCCUGGCCGUCCGCUCCUUGGAACUAUGGGAGCGUCGCACAUGUACACUGCCUGAGCUGGAAGCCGGAGAUCAGGAGUGAGCUCCUGCUUCCGGCUGCUGCUGAGAAGGAGCCGGGCGCCCGCUGGUGACAAUCUCAGCGGGCGCCCGGCAUCUCCCUCGGUUAGGUGAGCCUGGCUGGGUCUGAUCAAGUGUCUUUGCGGGCCCUAUACGGCCCCCGGGCCUGAGGUUCCCCACCCCUGCUCUAUAUGGUAGGUGUGCCACAACCUCUUGAGGGUAUGUUGAAAUGACAUUGCUGCAGCAUAUUACCAAUAGGAGGUGGCAGGUUUUCACUGUAAUUAUUUGUCUAAAAAAAUGGUUUAGAAGGUUGAAAACUCAGUAAAUGGACAUCAUCUUGUAUCAUACUUUUAAGGGAUCUAAUUUAGAGUUCUUGACAUAUCCAAACAGGCUUUUCUCGGAAAAGGUACAGUUUGUGAACAUCCUCCAAAAUUUGUAUGAUGUACAGUACUGUGCAAAAGUUUCAGGCAGGUGUGGAAAAAAUGCAGCAAAAAAAGAAAGCUUUCAAAAAUUGUAGUGUUUAUUUUGAUCAAAUAACACACUGCAAAGUGAUUUAAUUUCGAUUUCUCUUCCAUUCAGUCAAUGUUUGGUUUGACCACCAUUUACCCUUUUGUCUCCAAAUUUAUUCUAGAGCAGGACAACAACCCCAAUCAUACAGCCAAUGGGGGUCAUUCCGACCUGAUCACACUCUGCCAUUUUUUGCAGAGCAGCGAUCAGGUCACUACUGCGCAGCGUAUGCACCGCAAUGCACAGGCGCGUCGUACGGGUACAAAGCGGAUCGUUGCGGGGGGAUGGAUUUUACGAAGAGUCCAUUCGCACAGCCGAUCACAAGAAGAUUGACAGGAAGAGGGCGUUUAUGGGUGUGAACUGACCGUUUUCAGGGAGUGGUUGGAAAAACGCAGGCAUGACCAAGCGUUUGCAGGGCGGGUGUCUGACGUCAAUUCUGGGACUGGACAGGCUGAAGUGAUCGCUGCGGCUGAGUAAGUUCAGACCUACUCAGAAACUGCACAAACUAUUUUUGUAGUGCUCGGCUGCGCAGGCGUGCGCACACUUGCAAAGCUGAAAUACACUCCCCAGUGCGCGGCGACUAUGCGUUUGCACGGCUGCAAAAAGUACCUAGCGAGCGAUCAACUCGGAAUGACUUUUGAUCAGGGUUAUUUGGGUAGUUUCUGUUGUCAUGAUUUAAAAAGAGUAAACAGUUGUUUGACAAUAAAUGGCUUCACCCAACCACUAA